AUGGCCGACUUCGCCUGGAACAAAGCCGAGGAGGGCCUGUCCCAUUCCCCGGAAAUCGAUAUCGCCAUGGGCGCGUUUUCGGAGCAGUGGAAGCCGCGCGGCUUCACUGUCAAGAAUUUCCAGGAGGGGCUGCCCGUUGCGGGCUUUGAUGGGGGGCCCGUGGGCGAGAAGAUGUGUAGGUUCUCGGGGCGUGAGGAUCCGGGCUAUCAGAAGGUUUCGAAGGAGCUGAAGAUGUUGGUGGAAAGUUCGGCGCGUCGUUAG